CACAUUGUUGUUGUUAAUCGUUCAUUUCGGGGUCGGAUCACGUCGUGUCGCGGAAAAUCAACAUAUAACUACGGGAAACAAAGAUAGUACUGCGACGCGACUUCCAAAACGAUCUGCAAUGCGUUCGAGCUGAGGGCGCGGCGAUAACUAUGUGCGUGUGGGAGCGAGUGCCAGUAUAGCGCAACAGAGAUUAGCCAGGAGCCAGCGUAAGCUAGAGAAAUCAGCCUCCAGCAAUUAGCCAGUGACAAAUGAGCACGGGUAACUCGAAGGAGGAAUUGGAGCUGAACCCGGACCCGGAGGCGUGCUCCCUGCUAAGUCAGGAAGACCCCUCGAACGUCGAUCCCGGCAGGACACGCGCUAAGCAGCGCUUCAGCUUGAACGGGAAGCGGCGACGCAGCCGGAUGUCGCGCAGGGCCAAUCUGAUCGGCAUCUGCGGCGUGAGCAGCCUGUGCAUCCUGCUGCUGAUCGCCACCACCCAGCACCGUCCGCUGACCACCCCGUUUAACCAAGCGGCUGGCCGGGAUCAGGGGGCGGGCGCCGGAGUGGGCGCGCCCGUGGAUGGGGGUCCUUCCAAUUCACUGGCGCGCAGCGCCUUCUACGACCGCUUCCAGCAGCAACUGCAACAGCCGUCGCAGACGGUCGUCUACAACCUGACAGCUACUUCAGUGGAUGUCCUGUCGGCUCAACGGUCGCGCAUCCUGACCGAAAUGGAGAACUUUGAGUAUCCACGCGGCGGAGCUGAAAGAUUGGCGGAUAUGACGCCAGAGACAAAUGGCACCCCGGUGCGUAGCGUGGUGGUCACCUCGUGGCGUUCCGGCUCCACUUUCCUGGGCGACAUCCUGAACUCGAUUCCAGGAAACUUUUACCACUAUGAACCGUUGCUCGACUUCGGUAUCAAGCAGAUCCGCGAUCCCGAAGACCAGGAGCUGGCCGUGCAGAACCUGAAGAACCUGCUCAACUGCGACUACGCCGACAUGAUCGACUACCUGAACUUUGGCAAGACGCACACCUAUCUGUUCGAGCACAACACCCGCCUGUGGGACGUCUGCCGGGAGUUUCCACGUUUCUGCUGGCGUCCCGCGUUCCUCACGCGCUUUUGCCGCCUCUUUCCCAUCCAAAGCAUGAAGACCGUCCGCCUGCGCCUCGCCCAGGCCGAGAAGCUGUUGGAGGAUCAAAGUCUCUCCAACGUUCGGAUCGUGCUUCUGGUGCGGGAUCCGCGGGGCACGAUGCAGUCCAGGCGACAUCGAGUUUGGUGCGGAGGCAACGAGGACUGCGAGGAUCCGCGACUGGUGUGCCAAGAUCUGCAGGAUGACUAUAAGACAGCUGAGAUGCUGCUACAAAAAUAUCCGUCUCGUUUCAGGACUGUUCGUUAUGAGGACCUUUCCUUGAGCCCCAGUGAGAUGACCGAGGAUAUUUUGCAUUUUUACGGCUUGCCAUUCGAUCCAGCCGUGGAGGAGUUCUUGGAUACGCACACCAAGGUGAACAUCGGCGGUGUUAGUUCCACAUAUCGUGAUUCCAGAUCAGCGCCAUUCCAUUGGAUGCAGGAUCUAAAGCCAGAAGAGAUUAAACAAAUCCAGGAUGUCUGUGUGGAUGCCAUGGAUCUGUGGGGAUAUCGCCGCAUCGAGAACUUCAGCAACUUCUCCACCACGCAGCAGACCUUUGAUCCGAUGGUCAUGCCGCCGCCGUUCACGUGAAGCGGUCCUAGGUUUAGCCGAUCGUUAACGAUAACUGAUAAUGAUAACUAAUUCUUCUACUUGGUACAUUUUGUUGUGAUAUCGUCGUGUUGAGCGAGCAAAAAGAAAUGGGAAAAAGGGAAAGAACGGAGUGGAGUGGAGAAGAGUGGAUCAGCGGGAGCUGAUGGAGCGGGGCUGGACAGAGCAAGUGGGUGCAUUGUGAAGACUCAUUCAUAGCGGGCACAUUUUUGCUAGACACGCAAACACACUUAACUGAGCAAUAGUUAUUAAUAUAUAUAAACUGAAUAUACAAUAUGAAAUGCAUAAUUUUAGUAAUUGGCGAAUUUUUGUGUAGAGAAUAAAGCGGUACGAAAACCA